GUGUGGUCUAAUUGCUCGCGUGGGCUGGCUGGGAUGUUUGCACGCUUGGCAGAGCGCCCAGCCCAGGACUGUAGUCCCUGGCUGUCGAACCAGAACCUUCAGAGGCUGACCAACAGCGCUACCAACCUGACCCACAUCUUCCACCACCUGCUGCCCAACAUCUUAAUCAGCCGCGUCUCUGGUAGCCAUGGUAACGUCAUGGUGCGACAGUUUAUCAAGCAGGAGAUGGACGGAAUGGGCUGGUAUGUCGAGGAAGAUUCGUUUCAAGACCAGACCCCUUACGGAGAAAUCGCUUUCACCAACGUUAUUGCCACGUUGGAUCCUUCAAAAGCCAAACGAGUGGUUUUGGCCUGCCACUACGACUCGAAGCUCAUGCCAGGCUUUGUUGGGGCGACGGACUCUGCGGUUCCCUGUUCCCUGAUGAUCGAAACGGCCAGGUGGUUCCAGCAGGUUCCCGAUGAUGUUUGGAACAAUGCC